CUGUCUAAAAUCGUUGUCUUUGCAAUGCAGUGACGAUUUGAUCGUUUUUUGAGUUUUGUUGGACAAGUUUUUUCGUGAAUCAAAUUACCAAGUUUGUGGAUUUUAGUAGAAUUUUUUUAUCCUUUGUAGCUUUAACUAUUGUGAUCAUCACUUUUGGAAACAAAUAGGAAAAAAAGGUGCUACGGAAAUGUCAUGUGAUACAACCUCCGAAGACAUUGAAGAUGAAAUCAGCAGCUGGGGUUACUCAGUUACGUUUUCCGACUUUGAACGGUCUCGUCAAUCCGAGAAACAUAUCCAGUUAAACAAGAUUGGUUCAGUGGCGGGACGAGGGCGCGGCAUUUCCAACAACAAUUACAUGGCUACAGUUAAAUUGGCUUCUGAAAUAAAUGAGCUAAAAGCCAAUGUCGUUCCUAUGGGUCACUUACCGACUUCCUCCGAAAUAUUAGGCGCGCCUUCUGAGAAUGAAAUCACUCCUCUUUUGAGGAAAUUGGGUAUAAGCGGACACGAUGGAGAAAUAAGUAGUAGAAAUACGAGGCAAGUACCAUUGCAUCAGGAACAAAUUCGACUAGAUGGUAAUAUCCCCGUAAUAUUGGAUGGGGAGCUGUUCAACACACUGAAUGAAACGGCUUCUUCUGGAGCAAGACUCAGCGCAGACGAUGAACCAUUUGAUCCAAAUCGACCGCUCCAAGAACAAUUCAAAACAAUAAAAGAAUUUUUAAUGGACGAAUGUGUUAAACCACCAAGUGUAAUUGACCAGAAUCCAGUAUUGGGAAGCGUUUCGGCGUGCCCAAAAUCCUCCAUACCGAGUCCAUCCUCAGUUUCGAUCGAUCUUUCGUCCCAUUCAUCACCAGCAAAUGAUGAUAGCUCGACUUCGACCAGUGUAACAACCUACAGUACCGGCGAACAGUACUCCAAUGAGCAGUGGUGUGAAGAACCAUUAUUGAAGAGAAAAAACAAGCUGUACACUCCAAGGCAAUUAUACGAAAUCAAAAAGAUACAUCCUAUAAAGUGUAUACCUAAGGCAUCGUAACUAAAAAUAUAUAUAGAUUAAACGUCACUAAAGUGCCGUUUGCUGAAAUUAUUCAGGAACGCUUUGACAAUACCAAAUUACGAAAAUCACAUUCAAUUGCAACAAUGAAGUUAUCAUCUAGGUAGUGCAAUGAAAUUGCAUAAUGUCAAAGAGUCUAUUGGUGUAAAUACAUACAAAUAGAAAUGGUUAGUCAGCAGUGGAUUUUAGCAAUCCUGUUUCGGGUAGUCCAGGAUGUUUGCCUUAAGCUUAUAUGGCCUGUGUUAAGCCAAAGAGCACGAAGCGCCGUUUUGAGAUGCAUGUUCUACAAACGCUAUCGCAUCCAACACAGCACUAGUAACACCCACAUCUAUUUAUUUAUGGAAACACAAACGGUAAACGGUAACAUAUAAGUUUCCCUUAACUUGCUAUGUUGAUGGUAAGGUAUCUAAAAUGCAUUUUAACAUGCAAAAUACUAGAAAAAAUGAUGGCCUCAGUUGGGUUUGGCUUAACGCAGACCAUAUAUACAACGUAUUCAUGUUGGCUAGGAUAUAACGAAUUAUUCUCCGUAGUGCGGUAGAUAGAAAGAAAUUUAAGGCAUAUCACCUCGGAAUGACUUAGAACACUGUUAACAUGACAAAAAUUACAACCUGAUAUCGGUAUAAGACCGAGUGAAACUCACGUCUUCACUGCUUGUAAUGGUUUUUAAUAAAAAAUAUCCAAUUAAAAAUUUAUUUUAA